AUGAGUUUGGAAGAUUCAUUAGCGAACAUGUCAUUAUAUGAUGCCAAGAAAUAUUUCCGUAAGGCUCAAAAUGUUGUCUUUAAUUACACCGAAAUGGAGGGGAAAGUCCGUGAAGCAACCAACAAUGAACCUUGGGGUGCUUCGUCUACUUUAAUGGACCAGAUUUCUCAAGGCACUUAUAAUUUUAGAGAAAGAGAAGAAAUUCUAUCUAUGAUUUUUAGAAGAUUUACCGAAAAGGCAGGGAGCGAAUGGAGACAAAUUUACAAAGCAUUGCAAUUGCUUGAUUAUCUCAUCAAGCACGGUUCAGAAAGGUUUAUCGAUGAUACAAGGAGUAGCAUUAACUUGAUCAAAAUUUUGGAGACUUUCCAUUAUAUCGAUUCACAAGGAAGAGACCAAGGUAUUAAUGUCAGGACUAGGGUUAAAACGUUGAUUGAAUUACUAAGCGACGAUAAUAAGAUACGCGCCGAAAGGAAGAAGGCAAGGGAAACAGCAAAGAAAUACAAGGGUGUUGCUGGAGGAUCUGCUUCGGCUGAUGGCAGCCUGAAUUCCAAGGCGGGGUUCACUUCAACGAAAGUGCAUGGUAUUAGCGUCAGCGCAGAUUUUGAUAGUGAUGACGAAGACAAUGAAGAAAGCUCUUCCAGGGCAAAUGGCUAUAGUGAUAAUUGCUCAAGAGGCGCCUCUGUUCCACAACAGGAAAGACAGGAGCCAGAAGAUUUUGUUGACUUUUUCUCUAGCGAAUCUUCACAACCACCCAAGGAUCUCAUACAAGAAAAUAACAAGAAUGCAGAGGAUGAAGAUGAAGGCAAUGAUGAUGAUGAAUUUUCUGAAUUCCAAAGUGCUGUUCCUGUUGGCAAUUUUUCCAAUUCAUUUGACCUACUGAAUUCCAACCCUAUUGGGGCCACCGCUUCUAUGACAGAUUCGACACCUUUUUACAAAAAUCCCACUACCGUUCAGGGAAAUAGUACUCCAGCUAUUGCUGAACCUAAAAAGGUGGAUCCUUUCAGUUCAUUGUUUUCAACAGCAAAGGCAUCUUCAGAAGCACCUAGUACUCCCAAGGCAUCCCAGACAAAUGCUUCUAGUUCAAAUUCUCUAUCUAAUGGUUCAACUGUAUUGAAUACGAACCAAGAUGACGAUGAUGAGUUUGGUGAAAUGCAUGGCGGCACCGUUCAAUCACAACAAAAAACUGCCAACAAGGAUGCAUCUUCCAACGAAGUUGAUUUGCUCUCCUUUUAA